AUGAUUGUUUAUCGUGGUCAAACAAUAUCAAUGAAUGAAUUAAAAUCUAUUCAAGAAAAUGUUGGUCAAUUAAUAUCUUUGAAUAGUUUUAUAUCGACUACAUUCGAACAGACAACAGCGGAAGCUUUUAGUUUGAGUGGAGAUCCAUCAGGAGAACAUGUCAUAUUUCAAAUUCAUGUUAAUAAAAAUAUUGUCAAUUCAAAACCAUUUGCGAACAUUUCAAGUAUUAGUCAAUUUUUCGAAGAACGAGAAGUUUUAUUCAUGGCAGGAUCUAUCUUCGAAAUAAAAAGAACAACUUUUUCUGAAUUAUCUAAUACAUGGAAUAUUGAAUUACAUUUAUGUAAUGAUGAUGCUUAUGAACUUAAUGAUGUUUAUCAAGAAGAUAAAAAUAUUGCAUCCAAGGAAAAGUCACCAUUUUCCUUAGCUGCUGUAUUACUUCGAAUGAAUCUAUUCGAUAAAGCUAAGAAAUAUUAUGCACGAUUACUUGACGAAGAAUUAAUCAAUAAAAUUCCAUUAAUUGAUCUUACAGUGAAUUGCUAUUGGGGAUUAGGUAAUGUUGCUCGAAAACAAGGAGAUUAUGAUAUAUCAUUGGCUUAUAACUGUUUAGCCAUUGAACAAUCUCAAGAUCGACCUGAACUUUUACUUCGUAGUUAUAAAUAUAUUAGUAUGAACUAUUUAGAAAUCGAUUCGAUAUCAGAAGCUCUUGAAUAUCAAAUGAAAGCAUUAGAAAUUCAACGAGAAAUUAAUGAUGCUCAUGAUGAAAUUGCAGAUACAAUGUUUAACAUUGGAACAAUAUUUUCUAGAACACUGAAAUCUGACAACGAUUCAGUCUUGGAUUAUUUUUUUCAAGCACUCAAAAUUUAUCAAGAAUUGAAUAUGUUUGAUGAAAUAAUACGAUGUUUUCAUGCUCUUGGAGAAGUCUACCUAAGGAAAAAUGAGAAAGGAGUAGCUCUGGAUUAUCAUUUAAAAGCAUUACAAUUGAUUGAUACACAUUUUACUACUUAUCUUCCCUAUCGCAUCAUUUCAUGUGAAUAUAUUGCAAGAAUAUAUGAAUCAAUGCGAGAUUAUAUGCAAGCAUUUAAAUAUUAUAAUGAGGCGCUGAAUGCUAAAUUAAAAUAUGAGCCAGUCAAUGAUCCAAAGAUUGCAAGCAGCUAUGCAGACAUAGCUGGAGUCUAUCAUAUGAAAGGAGAUUUUGCAAAGGCUAUUGAGAUGUAUGAUAAAGCCAUAGAAGUUUGGCAAUAUACACAACCAAUAUCCAAUCCCCAUAUCAAAUCACUAGCAGAAUUACGAAAUAAUCUUCAAGAAUGUAUUGAGUAA